AUUAAUAUUUUAAAAUAUAUAUAUAUGUGUGUGUGUGUGUGUGUGUUUUAAAAAAUAUACGAAAACAUUAUAAUGAAUAAAAAAUAUGAUCACAAUAACUCAACUAACGUGCCAACUUGUAGAAUUUUCUCCCGCAAGCAAGAAACUUUCUGAUCUCUCCGAGAUUCUCUGAAAAUCAAUCCGAAAACCCGCCUGCAACGUCUUGAUUCUCGAAGCAUUCCAAAGAUUCUGACCCGCCAUGGGAGAAGGAGAUUCCUCACAAUCCCUUCUCGACCAUGAACAGCAGCUUCCAGCUCCUCCCAAACACGCUAACAAGAAGCUAUCCAUCCUCCCCCUCGUCUUCCUCAUCUACUUCGAGGUUUCCGGCGGCGCAUACGGCGCGGAACCAGCCGUCGGCGCGGCGGGUCCCUUGCUCGCCAUUCUCGGAUUCCUUGUCUUCCCGUUCAUCUGGAGCAUUCCUGAAGCUCUUGUCACAGCAGAGCUCGCCACUGCAUUUCCUGGCAAUGGCGGGUACGUGAUAUGGGCCGACAAGGCAUUCGGACCCUUCUUCGGAUCCCUAAUGGGUUGGUGGAAGUUCAUCUCGGGUGCCAUCAACUUGGCUUCUUACCCAAUCCUCUGUGUAGAUUAUUUAAAAUUGGCCAUACCCAUUUUCUCCUCCGGUUUCUGUAGGUACUCUUCAGUUUUAGCUGUAACCUGUGUGUUGUCUUUCUUGAAUUACUCUGGUUUAGCCAUUGUUGGUUACACUGCAGUGACUUUAGGGUUUAUUUCUCUUCUUCCAUUUGUGUUGUUGACGUUGAUUUCAAUCCCAAAUAUUGAUCCGGGUAGGUGGGUUAGUUUAGGGCAGAGCGGGGUAAAGAAAGAUUGGAGAUUGUUCUUCAAUACCCUUUUCUGGAAUCUGAAUUUCUGGGACAAUGCCAGUACUUUAGCUGGUGAAGUUGAGCAGCCUCAGAGGACAUACCCUAAAGCACUUUUCUUUGCUGGGUUAAUCACUUGUUUGGCUUAUCUUUUGCCCCUUUUGGCUGGCACAGGAGCUGUGACUUUAAACCAAGAAGAUUGGGUUGAUGGGUAUUUUGCAAAUAUAGCCGAAUUAAUUGGUGGAAAAUGGCUCAAAAUCUGUGUUGAAAUCGGUGCUUUCUUUUCAAUUAUAGGACUUUAUGAAGCACAGUUAAGUAGCUGUGCAUAUCAGUUUCUGGGCAUGGCUGAUUAGGGUUUGCCUGAUUGUUUUGGAGUAAGAUCAAAAUGGUUUAACACUCCUUGGGUUGGGAUUCUUGUAACUUCACUAAUAGCACUCGGAGCUUCUUAUCUGGAAUUCUCAGACUUGAUUUCUUCAGCAAAUUUCUUGUAUAGUUUAGGGAUGCUGUUAGAAUUUGCUUCAUUUCUCUGGUUGAGGAGGAAGUUCCCAAAUUUGGAAAGGCCAUUUAGGGUUCCAUUAGAGCUACCUGGUUUGGUGAUUUUGUGUGUAAUCCCAUCUGGGUUUCUGGUGUAUGUAAUGGUUAUUGGUACUAAAACUGUUCUUGUUGUUAGCCUUCUCCUUACUUCUUUUGGCAUUGCUUGGUACUUCAUUACAGAGCUCUGUAAAUACAAGAAGUGGAUUCAGUUCAAGAUUACUGCAAUGGAAAAUUUGGACAAUGAAGAUGAUGAUGGGGAUGGUGGUGAUUUACACUAGAAACCCUGUUUGCAGAUACACCACCUACUUUUUCUGUACAAUAUAAUAAAGAAAAGUAUAUGUGUAUUUUAACUCUUGGUUCAUGUACA